AUGUGUCAUAUCUUUUAUGUGUACAAGACUUGUUUAGGUGGUAAUACCACGGAUCCGUCACCUGUCACCACAUCAUCACCGUUGUCAGAUAUCACUGGAACUCAGCUACAUUCUUCGACUCCUACCAAAUCCGAUCCCAAGAUCACCACUAAGCCUCCGCCAGUAACACAGACUCCCACCAAAUCUCCGCCAGUAACCCCAACUCCCACUAAACCUCCGCCAGUAACCCCAACUCCGACUAAAUCUCCGCCACAAACUUCAACUGCAGAACCA